GCAGUCAGGAUGGCAGCACCGCGGGGCAUUUAGCGCCUCUCCCCGCGGGGUCCGGGGCAGCGCUGAGGAUUGUUAACGCGAUACAUUGUCACUUUGGCCACGUUUUGGACACACGAUGUGCACCGUCAGGAACGGUGUCCGGCGCGAUGACAAGUACAUUCUGGCCGUGGACGUGGGGACCGCGUCCAUCAGGUGCCACGUGUACGACAGAGCUGCGAGAUCCCGAGGCUUCAGCAGCAAACAGAUACAACUCCUGUAUCCUAAUCCGGGUUGGGUUGAGAUGGAUCCAGACUUGCUGUUUGAACAGUUUGUAACUGUGGUGAAGAACGCAGUUGAAGAUUCGGGAUUACAGAUGAAGCAGAUGGCAGCCCUGGGCAUCUCUGCACAGAGAGCAACAUUCGUCACCUGGAACAAGACAACAGGGAAACCGUUCCAUAAUUUUAUCUGCUGGCAGGAUCUGAGGGCAGCCGAGCUUGUCCGAUCGUGGAACAAUUCAUUCCUCCUUCAGACGAUUCACAUGUCCAGCCGGAUGCUACACUUUCUAACCAGACAGAAACGCUUCCUGGCCGCAAGUGUCAUCAACUUCUCCACCCAGCACGUUUCUCUUCGCUUGGCCUGGGUGCUCCAAAACUUACAGCAGGUCCAAGAUGCUGCUUAUGAAGGAAACUGCUGCUUUGGUACAAUUGACACUUGGUUGCUGCACAAAUUGACUGAUGGUGCAGUUUUUGCUACAGAUUUCUCGAAUGCAAGCACUACAGCAAUGUUUGACCCUUUCCAGAUGUGUUGGAGUGAAUUCCUUGCCAGCAUGCUCAGUUUUCCUUUAUCUAUCCUUCCUGCAGUAGAAGAUACCAGUCACAACUUUGGUUUAACUGACUCCAGCAUUUUUGGUGUAUCCAUUCCAAUAACUGCUUUGGUCGCCGAUCAGCAAUCAGCCAUGUUUGGAGAAUGUUGCUUUGACAUCGGAGAUGUGAAGCUCACCAUGGGGUCGGGCACUUUCCUGUCCAUCAACACUGGAACCAAGCCUCAUGCAUCUGUGUCGGGCCUUUAUCCGUUAGUGGCAUGGAAAAUUGGACCAGAGAUUACGUAUUUAGCAGAAGGAAACUCUGCUGAUACGGGCAUUGUGAUCAAAUGGGCAAAAGGACUGGGUUUCUUCUCUGAUCCCAGUGAAACAGAAAAGAUGGCUCAGGAGGUGCAGGAUUCAGAUGGUGUCUUUUUUGUCCCGUCGUUCAGUGGAUUGCAGGUUCAAAGUCAAGGAUUAAGGGGUAAGGUUCCUGUGAAUGAUCCUUAUGCCUGUGCAUCGUUUAUGGGACUGAAGCCUUCAACAACCAAAAAUCAUCUAAUCCGAGCAAUACUUGAGUCCAUAGCAUUCAGGAACAAACAACUGUACACCACAAUGCUGAAAGAAACACAAAUUCCUGUGACCUACGUCAGGGCAGAUGGAGGCAUAAGCAACAAUGGAUUUGUCAUGCAGCUCACUUCAGAUCUACUCACCUGUAAAAUCGAGAAACCUCAAUGUUCAGAUAUGUCCAGUCUGGGGGCAGCAUUUUUAGCUGGUCUCGCAAUCGGGUUCUGGGACAGCAAAGCAGAGGUGAAGAAACUAAGAAUGGUGGAAAAGGUUUACAACCCUCGAGAUGCCCUGCCAGUCUACGACCUAAUCGUAGAUAAGUGGGAAAAGGCCAUCAAACGUUCCAUGCAUUGGUAUUGCCAAACGUAAAAGCAGGAAUAGGGGAACUUUGAUGUUCCUGAAGUUUUACUUGAAUAAGACACAACAGUGACCUCCCAAGUUUUCAUUCUCUUUUGUAGAUGUUCCAAAUACGGUUCCCUUUUGUUUUAUAUUAAAAAAAAGUACUCUCCCUUAAAUAACACUCACCACAAUGAGGUGAACGGUUGCCAUGAUUUUCAAAUGUGUCGUAGGUUUUGGGGGUGAAUGCAAUCCUUUUGUACCAUAAAACUAUUCAGUGCCUAUAGCAAAAGGGGCCAAUAUCUAAGACAAUGUAGGACAUUGUGACUUCCUACUGGUCCUAGCAUUCCAGGGUACUUGUAUGCAACAACCCAGUAAAACUGGCCACAUUUAUUUCAAUCCAGCAGGAGCUGAAAAUUUUUGACCUGCAUUGUUGAGCCUUGAUCAAUUGACCGGGUGAUUUGGUGCCCAGCUGCCCUCUAUCAUUAGUAAUAUUCCAGAUCAAUAUUUUGAAAGAAUUAAGAGUUUUAGAACAAAUUACACUGUCUAUUAUUAACAGCCAACCAAAGUAAACUCUGCAGAAUGAUCAACUACAAAACACCGGUGUGUGCCUUAUUAGUUUUUUUAUUGAACUUAUUUCCAUUAAAAAAAACACGUUUAACCUCCAUUAUAUGUCAAAAUUGUAAAGCAGUGUUUUUAUAGACUGAUGGGUGAAAAGUGUCAGGGUAGAUGAACCGUUUUCAUUCAGAUGGGUUUUAAAUACACUACUAUGACUCAAUAAGUUAACCAACCUCUUUUUACAUAACCUGGGCCAUGUUUUGCGCUUGCUACUUUCACAUUGACAGAACUUUAGAAUGUCCUCAUCUCAUUGAAGUCGUUUUCAAAAUUGUUGAACUCCAGCUUCCUGGGAAAUUGCAUCACUGAAAUAUUGAUGUAAAUUUAUGGGGGUGUUACAAAAUUGAGUUAUGAUACUUCUUUGAAGCACUGAACUAACCAUUCACACUUGACCGAUGCCUGUUUCUGACCAAUAACACAUAGAAGAUGUUUUUUGGUUUAUUUAGGGUCCUGACCUAACCACAAUGUGGAAUUUCACUAAACUUUUGUGUUUACAGUGGAUCCUUAAAAGGACCUUUUGGUGGAUGGGGAGGGUGGCAGGGGGGCAGAGAAGGAGGAGUGUGUUGUGAUGCAGCACAAAAGCCAAUCAUUCUUUGCCUGCAGAAGACCCAUGUGGAUUCAAAUCCCUGUGCUAUGAAUUGUGCUAUUUCUGAUCAUUGGGCUGGUGCCUGAGCAAAUGUUGGGCAGUGUCAGAG